AUGUCUACUUCUCCACAAGUUAAACGUGCCCUUUCAGCAUUGUUAAGGGAUCCAGGUAAUGCCAAUUGUGCCGAUUGUAAAGCACAAUCUCAUCCAAGAUGGGCAUCCUGGUCUUUAGGUGUUUUUGUUUGUAUUAAAUGUGCUGGUGUUCACAGAUCCUUGGGUACUCAUAUUUCUAAGGUCAAAUCUGUUGAUCUAGAUACCUGGAAAGAAGAACAUGUUGUUAUGUUAGUCAAAAUGAAAAACAACAAUAACGCAAAUGCAUUGUAUGAAGCUAAAUUACCAGACACCAUGAAAGGUCCAUUAAACGAUAUGGGGAAAUUACAAACUUUUAUCAAGAAUAAAUAUGAAUUUAAAAAAUGGAUGGGCGAUAACACAAAUUUGGUACCAACAGAGACUAACGUUAGUGUUUCAAGUGUAAAUAGUAACAAUAGUAACAAUGCAAACAACCGUUUAGAUAGUCCGUCCAGUGGUUCUUUGAUCGAUGACGCAAGUGACGUAAGUAGCAUUUCUACAAUUGGCCAGGCAAAAAAGGAAAGCGUAAGCAAAAGUAGCAGUUUAUUAGAUUUGCAGUUUUUGUCAUCAAGGGAAAACAUCGAUGGUCCAGGUAGGCCAACUAAUACCCCAGCUGCUAGUAACAUCAGUGUUUCUCAAAGACCAGAUUUGAAGAAAUCUAUUUUAUCUUUGUAUUCAAAACCAGCUGCUACAAACAAAACCCCAUCACAAAAUUCUUUUUUUGCAGGUAAUAGCAUGACAUCAUCUUCAAUUUCAUUAGCAUCAACAACAUCUAUUAAUAAUAACAACCUUAACAUGAAUAAAACGAAUAGUGGCAUGAACUUUAAUAUGAAUAUGCAUCAGAGCAGAUCCACCUCUACAUAUAACAUUGAGGAUGAUGAGUUGAUAAAGAAUGUCUGGAGUAAUUAA